AUGGAGGUGUGUCUGCUGGGAAUGACUCCCAUUAUCUCCAUGUACAGGCUCAUAGGCGGGCUGCCUUACACUUGGACUUGUGGCAGAAGUAACAAAGAAACAUUGACUCUUGAUUCACUCCAAAAGACGAAACGAAACAAAAAGUGGACCGUAUGGUCUUUCGUCUUCGGGUUUGCGAUCGCGUCGUACUUCUCUUAUGGCGGCCUUGGGUUCAUGUCCAUCUUUGACAAGACUGCCUCCACCUACACGGUCAUUCUCAAGGUGGAGGACGUGGUUGGUAUGUGUACCAGCAUUUUACUCAGGAUUCACAUGCUAGGCCAAGCGCCGGCACUCAUCAAGGCUCUAGGCAGGAUGCAGAUCCUGUGUGGCAUUUACGGCUUCAAAGCUGCGCCCUUCUACAAAGAGAGGCAUAUUAUCAUUGUGAUGGGUCAUCAUCUGAUUGCCUUCUUGUGCAUCUGUUAUGGAAAUAUAACAAUGGCACUGAAAGAAAAACAGUUAAAGUUUUUCAGAAUUGGCAAUAUGUUCAAAGCCUCUGUAAAGCCGCUGGUGUUCAACCUGACUAUGAUGAUGUACUGUCAUCUGAUCAACCUCCUGGCUGUAGUAUACAGUAAGUUUUUUGACACAGUGGUUGACGAUGUCGGUCCGUCACUAUCCCAUCUUAACAGCUGGACCAGUUCGUCCAAAAGGAACACAACCAAGAAUCUCUCAGCAUCUGUAAACCAUCUUGGCAUUAACGCACCGAGUCGCAUCAACUUCGAGAAGGCUAAAGCUUUACUCAUCGACUUAUACGAUUGUCACCACAUGAUCAAAACCUACUUCCAGUUCUUGAUUGCUCUGGCGCUGCUGCAUUGUACAAUCAGCUCCAUUGUGAGCUGUUUCCUGGCAUCCCUGCAGGCUCAUCGUCACUUUCCCGAGCAUGUGGCCGCCUUCGGACAGCUUCUCCUGACGCUCUUCCCGCCAUUCUUCCUCACCAACGUUCCCCGCGUCCUCGACAUUCAGAGGGAGAAGCUACGGGUGCAGUUCAAACGGAUGCGUCACACAACAAGCAGAGCCAUGGACAAGACUGAGAUGCUGGACCUGUUGGAGUUGCUGGAGGAGGAUCCGGGAUUCAACAUGGCAGGCUUCUUCACCCUCAGCCGCGCCAGGAUAGUUGAUACCAAGCACGAAUAUGUCAUCCUAUUGGACACCAUAUUCAACCUCGUGAUGCAAAUGGUUACCACUAAAGACACCUUGCAAGCGGGGCUUAUUGCAGAAGAAGGAAAGAUUCGAGGUAACUACACAUGGACCAUACCGUCCCCCGAGUUCAAAGCAGCAGCUAAGAGCCUUCAGGAUAUUGUUGCUCUGGGGCAAACCUUAGGUCUGGAGUUGGAUGCUGCUGAUGUGCAGGAGUUAGUGGAGGAAGACAGUGAUGAACUGACCACUGAGGAACUCAUGGAACCUCAGAUGGAGCCGAUUCAAGAGGAGGUACAAGAGCUCUCAUCAGGGGAGGAGGUGAUAAGGGAAGAUGCUGCUGCCUCUUCCAACCUGGAGGACUUAGGAGGACAAGAAAGUGUAGAAGAAAAGUUGACAGAGUCUGCAGCUACAACUAGUGGUUUAAAGUGCUUCUUUUGUGGUUACUCUCGACAUCCUCGCAGUCGAUGUCCAGCUAGAGAGGCUCUGUGUAUGAAUUGCAAGAAAAAGGGUCAUUAUGCUAAGGUCUGCCGAUCUCUGAAACAGACUAACAGCGCUACAAACACCCAACAAUCCGCUGCUAUGCUCGCUACUUUAGCUGGGACUUCGCCCUCAUGCCUCAAUAAAUCAUUGCUUAGUUUUAAGAUCAAUGGUAUUCCAGUUAGUGCACUGAUUGACACUGGUAGCUCUGAGAACUUUAUUCAUAAGAAUAUUGCCGAGCAGAGUGGGUUACUCGUCUAUCCUGACAAUGGGGCAGUUUCUAUGGCUACUGUAUCGUUCUCUGCAAAAUUCCUGGGGCAGUGUUCUGUAGACUUAGAAUUACAAGGAGAAACUUACCAUGGUGUGAAUCUCAAAGUGUUACCCGAUUUGUGUGCUGAUGUGAUUUUAGGUCUUAACUUUUUACAAAAUCAUUCUGUGCUCGAGAUGGCUUUUGGAGGAGAUAGACCUCCCCUUAGAAUAUGUGGAUUAGCUGCCGUCAAAGUUCCGGCUCCAUCUCUCUUCAGUAAUUUAGCACCAGACUGCAAGAUACCUUGA